CACAAUUCAAUAGCGCUAAGUAUAUUAGUUGACCUUUUGCAUUGGUUUUACAAGAAUAGCUAGAUCUUAAUCUGUAGAAUGUUUAUUCUAAUGUCGCCGUUUUCGCCUGUGAUUUCUAAUGUACCUCUCGAUCUGCAGCUUCAAUCAAUAACGGCUCGGAUAUCGCGAUGCAGACAAUCCAUUCAACAUCUGAGGGAAGACAUGAAUUGGGCAACACUCUCCUCACCAUUUUGUUUCUGUUUUAAGUGAAAAGAAAAUUAAGUCAUGGUAAAAGUUCUGAAAUAUUUUGAGCCUUUGACAAUAGCUUACUUGAUAUACAUAUCAACGAAUUUCGUAGUUACGGAAGUUUGGACUACGGGACUGAAGCGACAGAAUGGCCUGAGGAUGAAGGACCAUGUGUUGGAGUCUAUCACUGGCUUAGGGUACAUAAUGUGUAUAAGAGAAUGUAGAAAUCGAGGGAAUUGUGUGUCUAUCAGCUAUAACAGACAAGGACUAAUUUGUGAAUUAUACUGGAGUGGUGUUCACACGGAGAGUGAUAGAUCUAAGAUUUUAACAGACCCGCUCUUCACAUAUGUAGACAUGACAGACGUUCCAUCUAGUUUAACUCCUGAAUGCUUAUCGACGACAAACUGUGGACCAACGAAGGCAAAAUGUGUGCAGCUGAAGAGCAGACGGACAGUCUGCAUCGAUCCAGUUAUCACAACAGUGGGAUCAACAACAGUCGCGCCAGUCACUACGCAACAUGUGACAUCAGUCACUACGCAACCUGUGACAUCAGUCACUACGCAACCUGUGACUGUGACAUCAGCCACUACGCAACCUGUGACAUCAGCCACUACACAACCUGUGAAAUUAGUCACUACGCAACCUGUGACAUUAGUCACUACGCAACCUGUGACAUCAGUUUCCAAAGAAUCUAUGUCGACGGUAUCAACUGAAACACACCCGUCAACUCCAUCUAUUUCAACUUUGUCUACAACAUCCACGUGCCCUGCGCUGUACACCAGGAGCGAGAACAACAAGUUUUGUAUUUCGCUAGAGCAAACACAAAUGUCACGCGACAAAGCUAAAUACGAAUGCCAAAAGACAGCCAAUAGUUCAUUACUGUUAAUAGAAUCAGAAGAAACACAGAAUGAUGUUUCCACUUUCCUGGCAAAUCACAUAAACUCCAAUUUUCCAGAGAAAGAGCUGUGGAUAGACGGUACAUAUAAUGACCAGGCAUCAGAAUGGUCGUCAUCAUCAGGCCCUCUAACAUUUGUAAACUGGAAAUCUAAUGCUUCACCGAAGAAAAACAAAAAUUGUAUCUUAUUGACGAUUAGUAACGGGAAAUGGAAACCUUCUGAUUGUACCAAACAGAACUAUUUUCUGUGUCAGAUACACAUUACAUAGCCGAGAGCAGACGUUGAAGUAACUUAUAAAUAUGAUUUACAUCUGCAGACCUUUUCAACAGCUUUUACCGAUGAUUCAAUCAAUGACGAUCUAUACCUUUUCUAGGUGUCAGUUACAUCAUGCACCUGGUCUCACCUCUGGUAUAUCCAGGGGUCCGUGUUUGCCCAACUCUCUAUUUUGUAUUGCUUAUAGAAGUUAUGAGACUGAUCUGAUAAAGGGCUCACGGCGGGUGUGACCGGUCGACAGGGGUUGCGUACUCCUCCUAGGUACCUGAUCCCACCUCUGGUAUAUUCAGGGGUCCGUAUUUGCCCAACUGUCUAUUUUGCAUUGAUUACAGGAGUUAUGAGAUUGAUUACUGUUCGUUAUCGUCACCUUAUGAUGUCUAGUAUUUCGUUCCACUAAUUCUAAAUAUUAAGGAAUAUAUUUAAUUCAUUUUUGUAUUUCAAUUCAUCAUCAUGUAGAGAGAUUUUAAAAUAAAUGGUGUACAUUUGUAAGGUUUUAAAACCAAAGUACUCUCACAAAAUGUGGAGUAUACUAUUAAAUUGACUGUCCACCCCUUAGACUAACUUUAUCUGAGUCAUUAUCAUUGAUGACUGUAAGUAGUACAUUGAUGUAAAUAUGCAUAUGACCAAAGGAUAUUGACUUUCAACCAAGGGUUAUCAAAUAAGGAUUUCCCACUCGCCCGAAAUUCUACAAGCCCGAUGUGUUACCAGUCCAAAGGUCCAUAAGUCCGACAUAAAAAAACAACAACAAAAAACGAAAAGUCUGUUUGGGGCUGUUACACAUAUACUAUAGGGUUUAUACGUUUCCUCCGCGAACUGUCUCUUCCAUGAGAACUUUACUGGCUCAAAUGUCGGGCGUAAAGAAUCUAAACAGCCAAAACAAAUUGCGUAAGUGAUAAGUAACUUUCCAGAAACGUUGACAUUGACUAUAUUCCGGGAUAAGAUUGUGACUUUACAGUUCUCGAAUACGAUAUUCCAUGUAUAGCAACUCUUAAAUCGAAAGAAAAAUCCACGGAGGCGGUUAAAGAGAGGAGUGUGGUUCAUAGCGACUCAUUCUACUAGGCCUUUCUGCAAGGAGGAAUUGCACAUGAGUCAGUCCCAAAUAGCGGUAUUGAAGCGUCUUUAGACCACUCCUCAUGCAGAGAAUAAAGCCAGUAAACAUGAAAGGAUUGGGCCUCCGCUGGAUAACCAUGCGCUUGCUGUAGCGUGAGCCAAUAUCUUUUGACAAAUUUGAAUGUUUCCCUUCGAGGAGUCUAUAAAUGUACUUGGAAAUUUUUCCAAAGGCACAUAAACAAGUUACAGGACACUAGACGAUACAAUUGCACCUGGGUCAUUCUAAGAUAUUCAGCAGCUACAUGUAUAUACAGUAGUAACAGAACGAAAUGUUUUAACAACUAGAUAAAAAACCCAAAAUACAA